GUAACAUCCUGCCCACACAUUGGUUGAUACAUAGAACAUAUUGAUAGAACGCACGUUUGUUGAUACUGUGGUGCGUUGGUUCCAAUUACAUCCAGAUCUUAGUCGUUUCGAUUACGUUGCAAUGUUUUCUGAAGACGUAACUGUUACACUGCGCUGCACCUGCUAAAGCGGCGGCUGCGUAUACUCUGAAUUCACGUUAAAACAAUUGCGCGUCAAUUAAGUCGGUCGAGGUUGUUUUCAGUAAAAGGACAGCCAGGCUGUCUACCUCAGCUACCAAUCACAUGUCGACGGAGGAUCUGUCCACUUCCGACAGCGAAGCUGCCUUCGCGGGAGCCGGGGAGCGCUGGGCGCCCGUGGGAGCCGUGGCCAACCCGGAGGAUGAGCAGUGGAAGCGGGGCACGCAGGCUGGCUCUGUGUCGUCCGGCGAUGCAGACCUGGCAUCCAGGCUGAGGAAGCUGGAGGAUGAGCAGGAGCAGCUGAACUCGUCGCUCCUCGCGUUAACGUCUCACUUCGCUCAAGUGCAGUUUCGGCUGAAACAGAUCGUUCACGCGCAGAGCGACGAGAAAGAGAGGAUGCUGCUGGAGCUGGAGGAGUUUGCCUUCAAAGGAUGCCCUCAUGUUAUAGGCUGCAGGGCACAGGACGCUCAGAUGCUGGAAAACGCUGAUGAAUUGAGUGAAAGAGAGAAGAGGGAACGCUUGGAAGCUCAGAGAAAGAAGCAGAAGGAGCUGAUUCUCCAGCUGAAGACUCAACUUGACGACCUGGAGCGCUUCGCCUACCAGGAGGGCAGCUAUGACUCACUGCCUCAGUCUGUGGUCAUGGAGAGACAGAGGGUGAUCAUUGAUGAGCUGAUUAAGAAGCUUGAUGUGAAUCUGAAUGAAGACAUUGGGAACCUCACUCCAGAGGAGCUGCGACAGAGAGUGGACGCCGCUAUAGCUCAGAUAGUCAACCCGGCUCGAGUCAAAGAGCAGCUGGUUGAGCAGCUCAAGACCCAAAUCAGAGACCUGGAGAUGUUCAUCAACUUCAUACAGGAUGAAGUGGGGAACCCUCUGUUAAAUGAUGGUGUGAAGAGCCAACAGGCCCAUGCUGCCGGACCAAACACUGGAGCCACUGGAGGGAUGAAGCGAGUGGAUCCCGAACAGGCCCAGAGGAUGCGGGAAACCGGGCUUCAGCUGAUCCAGAAAGCCUUAGCGGUGCUGCAGAUCUUUGCACUGAGUCAGUUCGGUUGCACCGCGGGCCACAUGCCCCAGAACAUGUGGUCUCAGGGUGGUGAGGCUCAAGAUUACGGCCCCCUGCUGCAGAAACUCGAAGGAGCCGUGGAGCGCGUACGUCUGCAAGCUUCCUGCCAGCAGCCCAACUCUCAGGAGGAGCACGUGGUCAGCUACUCUGCCUGCCUGUCGCCUGGAGGACCUCGGGACGAACUCACCGCUUCUGUGCGUAAAGAACUGGCCUUGGCACUCCGGGACCUGCUGGCCCAUGGACUGUACUCUCCUUCCCAGGGUAUGAGCCUGGUCCUUGCCCCCAUUUCCUGCUUGCUGCCCUUCAGCUCUUCUCCCCAGACCCUGCAUCCCUGGGAACUUUUCGUCAAGUACUAUCAUUCCAAAAACGGCCAGGCGUUUGUGGAAUCGCCCGCUCGGCAGCUCUCUCAAUCCUUCAGUUUGCCCGUAGGGGGCGGUCCUGUGACGGUCACUCCCAAGCAGUCUCUGUUAUGGGCCAUCCAUACAGUUCUCAAAGAGCAUGGACGAUUCAAGCGUAGCGCGGACUCUGAGUUUAAGGCCUUAGUGUGCAUGGCCCUCAAUGAGCAGAGGCUUGUGUCCUGGGUCAACCUGCUGUGUAAGUCUGGGACGCUCAUCCACUCACACUACCAGCCCUGGAGCUACAUGGCCCAAACGGGCUUUGAAGGUGCCCUGCGCAUCCUGGGUCACCUCAGCCAUCUCAAAUUCAGCCUUCCUGUAGAUUUAGCUGUCAGGCAGCUUAAAAAUAUCAAAGAUGCUUUCUAAACAAAAGAAAUAUAUAUGAUAAAAAACACUAAUUACAAUAAAACACUAAUAUAUAGCUUAACACAAGUUUAAGUCAAAUUAAAAGAUACUCCCAAAUCAACAAGUCCACCAGAAUUUAAAAAUUGGAAAUGAAGCAACUCAUGCACUUUCUUGAGACUCUAUGUUGCUGUUGGGUCUUGUCCUUAAACUGAAGAGGAUGAUGAUGAAGGCAGGUUUUAAAAUGCUGCAUUGGUCACAACUAAAAGGAAAUGUGCUCAGUUUAGUGACCCUGAGCGUGUUCCUGCCUCCACAUAACCUUUAAGGGGAUUUGUCAUGUUGAGCUUUUACCAAAAUCAACCACUAAAAAAAUGAUUCAUUACUUGAAAUCUUUUCAAGGGCCAUUGCAUAUGUUUGAGAUGCACUACUUGUAGUUACAAAACAGUGGCAUAAUAGUUUAAUUGCAUUGUUUGUUAUAAACCUAUGUAGCCAAGUGCACUCAUUUCUGAGCUUGUACUACAUUAUUGUACAGUGGUUCCCAGACCAAUCAAAAGAUGUUUUUAAAUUAAGACAUUAUUAAGGGUCAUUACAUUUCAAACACUGGGAUAUAGUGCAUAUCAUGUCUGGGUCUUUGCUGCUCUGUGUGUUUGUAUCGCUUUCUGAGGAGACCAUGUAUGCUGGUGAGACCUCACUUAGGUCAAUCAACACACUCAGGUCAUUCUGAACAAACAAAGACAUGCUCAUUGGUGUUUGUAAAACCACUUCUCUACUCUAACUCCUUUCCACAGCCGGUUAACACCUUAAAAAUGAUUGUAGAAAACUGCAUCUUGUGGUAGUGCUGCUCAUCCGCUGCUACAGAAGGAAAUGCACAGCAAGUGAAUUGAAUUAAAUGUGGUCAUUCAGCACAUUUGCUGAAUAUGAGUCUGAUAUGCUGUGCUGAAUUAUGUAUGGCCUGUCAUGCUAUGCCAGCGUUCAGAGGCUCUGCUUGAAUACCUGCUAUUUCCGUCUCGUCAAUCCUUGUUUACUGCUCUGAAAUAUUGAUUGUACAAUCCUUGAAGUUGUAUCCUGCUACUGCACCCGUUCUGAAUCCAGAUUUCUCAUUCCUUAAACCACCCUGAAUACUGAUUUACUGAAACCUUCAUCCAGUAAGAAGGGGCUGUUUGUUACCACAUCAUGGAAACGGAUUCGGCAUUCAGUGCAUUAAAUGUAUUUGUUUUUCCCCCACUUGCUUUUUUUCUUUUAUAUUAAUAUAUCAGCCUGAAUACAUGCUUGGUGUAUUUUGAUGUACGUUUGUUUGUUUUGUCUUAUCGUAUCUAUUUAAGAAAUUAUUAUUAUCUUUGUACCUCUUCUUUCAGAAGACUUAACUGAAGACUUUCAGUUAUUUCAGUAGUGAUUUCAAAUCAGUGUCAAUAACUUUCCUUUUUAUAAAAUUUGUGCCAUCAUUUUUGGAUGUAAUGAUGGUCUCACUUGAUUUCAUGGAUUAAAUGUACUGGAUGGUC